UUAGGUCCGUGAGAUUUUGCUUUUAAAAAAUGCAUCAUCAACAGCGGAUGGCAGCUCUGGGAACCGACAAGGAGCUGAGCGACUUGCUGGAUUUCAGCGCGAUGCGAAACAGCGAUUUGAAAAUGUUCCCAACAUCCAUGAUGUUUUCCCCUCCUGUUAGCAGUGGAAAGAACGGGCCGACCUCCCUGGGGAGUGGACAUUUCUCCGGCUCAAAUAUGGAAGAGAGAACGAGUGCAGGGUCAUGGGCGAGUGGAAGUCGUUCUUCCAAGAGUUAUGCAGAUGGAUCCCAGUACAUGGCGUCACAUGAUAGCAUCUCACCUCCGUACGCCAUCUCCAGCCGCCUCACAGGUAAAACAGAGAGGAGCUCGUACUCGUACGGCAGAGAGUCCAACCCGCACUGCCACCAGUCGAUACUGGGAGGCGAGAUGGGUUUGGGGAGUCCCGGCGCAGCAUCGCCCACCAAGCCGGCCGGUCAGUACUACCAGCACUACGGCUCCAACCCGCGGAGGAGAACGCUGCCUAUGGACGCCAUGGAGGUUCAUCCAAAGAAAGUGCGGAAGGUCCCUCCUGGCUUGCCGUCCUCAGUGUACGCUCCGUCUGCCAGUACAGCAGACUACAACAGGGACUCACCGGGCUAUCCCUCCUCCAAACCUCCCAGCUCUGGCUUCCCGAGCUCGUUCUUCAUGCCAGACGGUCACCACACCGGCGACCCCUGGAGCAGCAGUAGUAGCAGCAUGAGCCAGCAGGGUUACCACGGCAGCAUGCUAGGGGGCGGGAACUCGUCCCACGGCCCCGCCCAGAGCUCCUCCUACUGCGGGAUUCACCCACACGACAGAUUGAGCUAUCCGUCGCACUCGUCUGCGGACAUCAAUUCCAGCCUCCCCCCCAUGUCCAGCUUCCACCGAGGGGCUGGGGGAGGAGGAGGAGGAGGAGGCAGCGGGGGAGGAGGCAACCACUACAGCACUGCCUCGUGCACCGCCUCCACCAACGGCACAGAAAGUCACAUGGCGAACCGAGCGCCAAGUGCAGCAGCCAGCAGCUCUCAGACAGGAGACGCCUUAGGGAAAGCACUCGCAUCCAUCUACUCUCCGGACCAUACGAACAACAGCUUCUCGUCCAAUCCCUCCACACCAGUCGGCUCCCCGCCCUCCCUCACAGCUGCCAGUUCAGCUGUCUGGUCGAGGAACGGCGGACAGGGACCGUCGUCGCCAAACUACGAGGCUCCGUUGCACUCCCUGCAAAGUCGCAUCGAGGACCGUCUGGAGCGUUUGGACGAUGCCAUCCACGUGCUGCGGAGCCACGCGGUGGGACCGUCGACGGGGAUGGCCGGCGGGCACGGUGACAUGCACAACCUCAUCGGGGCCGCACACACACACAACGGCGCCAUGGGCGCUCUGAGCAGCGGCUACGGUUCAGGACUGCUGUCGGCCAACAGACACUCCCUCAUGGGGGGCUCUCACAGAGAAGAUGGCGGUGGAGUGGGCCCCUUGCGAGGCGGACACUCGAUGGCGGGCCAGGGGCCUCAGCUGCCGGGUCAGUCGGCCACGUCGCCGGACCUCAAUCAGCCCGACCCGUACCGCGCCCUGUCUGGAGGCCUUCAGGGCCAGAGCGCCUCCUCCGUCAGCUCGGAGAUCAAGUCAGAGGACGAGGGGGACGAGAACCUCCUGCAGGACCCAAAGUCCAUGGAGGCCAAGAAGGAUGACGGCGACAGCAAGGACCUUAAAUCAAUUGAGAGCAACCAAGACGACGAGGACCUGUCUCCAGAGCAGAAGAUGGAGAGGGAGAGGGAACGGAGGAUGGCGAACAACGCCCGGGAGCGCCUGCGGGUCCGCGACAUCAACGAGGCGUUCAAGGAGCUGGGCAGGAUGGUGCAGCUGCACCUGAAGAGCGACAAACCUCAGACCAAGUUACUGAUCCUGCACCAGGCUGUGGCCGUCAUCCUCAGUCUGGAGCAGCAAGUCCGAGAGCGGAACCUGAACCCCAAGGCGGCCUGUCUGAAGCGGCGCGAAGAGGAGAAGGUCAACGUGGCAUCGGACGGGGCUCCCCUCUCACUGGCCGCCGCGCACCACGCCGCCGCCGCCGUGAUGGGCGACGGGUCGAACCCCCUGGGACAAAUGUCCAAGGUGCCAGAGUUCAUCAAGAUGAUGAGUGACCACUUCCUCUGACAGCGUUUCCAUGACAACCCGGAAAUCGAUCGACACCCCCCUCCCCCGAUCUCUGGAUCUUCGACCUGACCAAUCAGAUCAGCCUCCUUCUCCCUCCCCUCGUCUCUCUCUUAUCCUCCUCAUCACCUUCGUCUCCCUCUUCUAUCGAGAACAAGAACUGCAGAGUCACAUUAGUCGCUUUCGUCACUUUGCAUCUCCAGCCGAAGUGAACUGGAUGCUGCUUUGUGGAGACGUUAAGCGGCCGCUGUAACAUGGCUGCUACAAAGUAGUGGUUUGUUUGAGCUUUUGACACAAAGUGACAGUGAUGGACAAGUCUUUGGAAUCACAUCAUCCAAGAAAUUCUUCUUCUUGUACUACUUGUUUUAACAGCAUUCCCAGUUUUAAAGAACAAAAGGGUUCUAUAUAUAGU